GCUUUGGUGAGUGUAGCUCCAGCCCAGUUGGUGGCAGUGUGUAUGCAGAGCUUCUGAAAGUUACGUUACAACAAAACCGGGUAGGGUUGUCGUUCAGAAUCAAGAAAUGAUCAAACAUGUUCUGAAGAAAUCUUGAUUUGUUCACGCAAGGUAAGAACAUUUAUUUUGAAUCACAUCACAUCACAUGUCUGCGCUGUGUACCUUUGCGCCAGAAAACAGGCUAUAGAUGGAGGCUAUAUACCGACAUCUUCGGAUAACGUUACUACCCUGCCACUGAUAGCUGCAUAGCUAGCUAACAGUAAACAUACAAUUUCAAGUAAAGGUUACUGAUCAGGGGAUACGAUCAGAGACAUGCUUCUACCACAAUUUAACAUCGUCCCUGUCUACACCUUGUAGGGUAACCGCAUAAGGCUCAAGUUAAGCUUCGAUUUUUUUCUAUUUGUGCCGUUUUUCACGUAACGUUGGCGAAGUAGUUGGCUAGCUUGGUAACAUUACAUAAUGCUAAUAUUUUGUAUGUCGCAUUAAGUUAUCACCACCUGUUUACGAAAGCAUGUUACGUUGAUUUCUUGGUUUACUUGUUGGGAUAGCUUGCAAAGCUGCCGUGAAGAGUGACUUGGCUCCGAACGUUAGCUAUUUACCUACUUGCUCUACUAGCCUAGAGCCCGUUAGUUGGCGGAUAAACAGAUGCUACGGUGAACCCAGCUUUUAUUUACUUUUCGGUAUAACUAUAAAUCCACCUCGUCAAAUGGUUAGUAGUUGUUAUUUUAACCACACUUGGUUCAGGAACUGAAUGUCUUCGGGGUUUUCGAGAACACUUUCACUUCAAAACAUGUCAGUUCCACAGGCACUCAAGAAUGCAAUUUACACAUAGCUCUUCUUUUCUCCCAUUUUUACAAACGUCAGGUUACAAGCGAAGUUCAGAUGACGUAAAAUUAAUGCUUAGGGACUGAAUUUCAAUCUACCUUAACUGUGAACAUAUUAACGCACAGAUCCCAAACGCAAGGUAAGGCAUUACGACAUGUCUCAGAACCAUCCAUAUAGAAGUUCGCGGACAGGAUACAGAUCUCGAGACGACUUCUAUGAAGAUUCUGGUUCACAGUACACUGGACAAAGGGAUGUUUACCAAACACCUCGAGAUCUUUCUCCCGCCCCGAGUUACCAACCUUCCAGCCAUGCUACAGAGCCCCAUCCAUCCAUGAGACCCGAUGUCAUAAACAUCCUUGACAGCUGUGGGCUGGAGCCCAAUGAUCUCUCUCUUCUUGCUGAACUGCCCGAGGACCUCAUCACUGUUGAUACCCUACCCCAUCUGCUGAAGAAGAUCAGGGACAGCAAAGAGCAGAGGCUUGCACCUCCUGCUUCUACCUCUCAUUUCACCACCAGUGCUCCAGCGCCAGCCUACGAGAGGAAGAGGCUUUCUCAUCCCGCAGAGUACCGGUCAGAUCGUUCAUCUCAUCCCACUCCUGCCAGCUCACACGACUUCAGAGAGACUCGGCAAGAUCAUGGCAUUGACCAAAGGCAUUCCACCACUUCUCCUCACCAUCCUCGGCAAAGGGGCGCUCCCAGCUAUGCGGUAGAGUAUGGUCAAACCAGACAUGAGGAUUCACAUUAUGACCAUGCUACAGUCUACAGCUCAGAACCACGACAGAGCCACAUUUCAUCUUCCUCCCGGCGGGACAUUGACUACCGCCACAAAUCAGUGAUUGAUGAUCGUGAGCCACCGCAUAUCUCAAAGAAGGACACCCACCACACAUUGCCAUUGAGGAAGGAGGCGUCCGAUUUCCAUGGCAAAACUCCACCGUUUUUCCCAUAUGCCUGCCAACUCUGCAACAUUGUUGUACUUUCUGACAAGGACUGGAAUCAACACAUAAAUGCUGGUCAUCAUGCUGACAGUCAGCUCAAACUUUUGCAGAGGUACCCAGCAUGGGACUGCCACAUCAACUUAGUCAGAAGGGGCGAUGACCAUCCUCCGGAGAGACCAGCUGCCCCUGAUCAUGCGAAACCGGCAAAACCACAGAAGAGAUCUAGCCAGCCCAUGGAAGGACCCUCGAAUAAUAAAAAAAGACCCAACCUGAAAAAAGUUCCAGACAAGCCCAUGAAUGGCGGCAAAGUUAUUUCUGUCAAAUUUACUGCCAAAAGUAUUGAUGAGGACUAUCUGAGGAGGCUCCUGGGACAGUUUGGGGCAAUCAUCAAAAUUAUAUUCUUCCCAUCACUGGCAUUUGUGGAAAUGGGCUCUAAGGAUCAAGCAGGAGAUAUUGAAAAAUACUUCAGUUCAAAUCCAUUGGAAGUGGAGCGGGGCCAAGUUGUCUUCUCUGUAUCUGACGCUUUUAAGUUUCUUAAGAGUUCCAAGGUGGUGUGUUUCUCGCCUUUGCCUUCUGGAGGUGCACUGACCAAGGAGCUUAAUGCUGUCGCAAAAGGAUUCGGUCCCUUGAAGAACACACUGCUUUUGCCUUCUCGGGCUUAUAUAGAGAUGGUGAAUGAAGCAGAUGCAGAAGCGCUGGUGGACCAUCAUGCUUCCAAACCACUGAAGCUGAGAGGGAGUACUGUUCAUGUGGACUUCUCCUCGGAGUAUGAGACACUAGAAAAUGAUCCACCUGACGAAAGUUCAAAAUGCAGUUCCCCUGAAAGGCACGCUAUGAGAAGUCCCAGCCCUAAGAAAAGUCCUAAAUCCAGAGGCCGAUCUCGAAGUCCCAGCCCGAAGAGAAGUCCUAAAUCCAGAGGCCGUUCUCGAAGUCCCAGCCCGAAGAGAAGUCAUAAAUCCAGAGGCCGAUCUCAGAGUCCCAGCCCUAAGAAAAGUCCUAAAUCCAGUGGCCGAUCUCGAAGUCCUAGAUCCAGAGGCCGAUCUCGAAGUCCCAGAAGGAAGUCAGGACACCGAAAAGACUCAAAAGAGAAGGAGUGUUCUUCACAACGCCGAAGCAGCUCAGGCCCAAGAGAGGAGAAACCCAAAGGGCAGUCUCAUGGGUCUCCCCCUGAACCAGUUCCUCAGAAGGUCUCUGAGGAGAGCGUGAGCGCUGACGCUGAGAUAAAAAGUGAGGAAGAAAAGCGGUCUGUUGCCUUGGAUGCACACGAUUCAGACAGUGAUCUAGAAGGCCUGGCCGUGAUCGCUGAGGAUGACGAACUGGAGGACGUGGAAGUUCUCGAUGUGGUGGAUUCCGAGGGGGAGGAGAACAAGGAGGACGGAGAGCAGGUGGCCUCCAGCGGAACCGGACAAGACGGGGCACAAGAGAUGAAGGAGGCCGUAAUCCAGGAGAAGGCAGGAGCUGAGGUUGUUCCUGAACGUGCAGAAGAGCAGAUCACAUCUGAAGGCUUAAGCAGAGCCAGUGAUCCAGAUGUGUGUGAAGAGGCUAUGGACAGUGGGGCGGUAGUGGCCUGCAGUACUGAGCAGGAGCAGGAGACACGAGACGCUGCUGAGGUAUCCGGAGAAAAAGAGACUGAUCCAGAACGCCCCUCUCAAUCUAAAAAAGAAGUCGUAGAGGAGACCUCGGCAGGAGAUCAGGAGAAUGGCGACACAGGCGAGGACCAUCCUGGAAAGACAACUUCGGAUGUGGAAGAUGCAGCCAGAGACGUGGAGAAGGCAUCACAAGACGUGAAAGAUGGGGCGCAAGAGAUGGAGGAGGAGGAGGAGGAUGAAUUUGAAUUCCCGGAGAACUUGAUUACUUUAGAUGAGAUUCAUGAGGAUUCAUCAGAGGAACAAGCAGAGGAAAAGAACACAGAAAAUCCGGCCCCGUAUCAGAGAGUCUUCUGCCUCAGGAAUCUGCCACAGACAUACUACACAGACGAAGAGUUUUGGAAGAUUGGGAAGAAGUAUGGAAAGGUGGCACAUUACUUCCUGAUUCGAAAUCGAUGCGAGGGUUUCAUUGAAAUGGAGAACAGUGAAGAUGCAAGGAAAGCAGUGAGCGACUUGACACGAAGGAAGUUUGUUUUUAAUGGCUACCCCUUGGAGAUCGCACUCUCUUGGAAAUACAAGAGACUAGUCAAUGCAUGGGUUCCAGAGCCUGAGAAGAAACAUAAAAACCAGAGCAGUAAAAGCAGAGAGAGCAAAGACCGGAGCCGGUCACGCUCAGCUUCUAAGGAGAAGACCCGGUCGAAGCAGUCUCCUACAGAAUCCAAGGACAGGAUGCGGUCGAAGCGGUCUCCCACAGAAUCCAAGGACAAGAAGUCUGAGCAAAGCAAGCAACGCCGUGAGGAUUCAGAAGGUUCGACAGAAAAGUCCAGAGACAAAUCCAACAAGGAAAAGAGUCCGAACAAGGAUUCCUCACAAAAGUCAGGAGAGGAGAGUAAAUUGACUGUCAAAGAGGAAUCUGCAAGUACAGACAAGGCUUGCACUGACAAACAAAACACCACAGCAGGACAUACCAUUGAGGCCAGGAAGGAGGAAGAUGAAGGACAUACCAUUGAGGCCAGGAAGGAGGAAGAUGAUAGUUUUGGCCAGUACCAGCCAAACAAUCCUGUCGGGCAGGAGUUUGUGAGACCUGUUGUGGGCUAUUUCUGUAACCUGUGCAACCUUAUCUAUGCCACUGAAGAGGAGGCCAAAAAUGAACACUGCAGUAGCCUGUCGCACUUCCGGAAGUUAAAGGAACAUGAACAGAAGAAGGCCUGAACAGUGGGUGAUGGAAGAUUGUUUCUACGGAUACACGCAUCUUUUUUCAAAAUACACAACUUCAAACAGCUUUGUAAAACUUGUUAUACAGCAGGAAGAUAUUUCCCAAGAGCAAACAAUGGGCACAUCAUUUUUUUUUUUGUCAAAAUCAAGAUUACCAUUUCUCAUAAUAUCUGCAUUUGAUUAUUAAAAAGGAGACGGCGGCUUUAAGUUAUUUCAAUUCAUAUUUGUCUGCGUGCUAUAAAUUAUUUAUAUCAUACA